UGGACCAAAGAAGAGAACAAGGCCUUCGAGAGCGCUCUGGCUCUCUACGGCGAGCACGAUCCGCACCACUGGCUCAAAGUCGACGCCAUUAUCCCGGGAAAAUCGGUCUCCGAUGUGAUCGAACAAUACAGGGAGCUGGAAGAAUACGUGUGCGAGAUCGAAGCUGGGCGUGUCCCGAUCCCCGGUUACCUGGCCGCGGACGACGACGCGGCUUUCAGCCUGGACCUCAUCGUCGGGCCCGACUUCGUCGAUUCGUACAGAAAGCGGCCCAUGGGCUCCACUAAGACCUCCGAUCAGGGCCGCCAUCGAUCCGCCCGCCGCUGCAUUUUAGUCUGUCAGGUGAGGAGGUUCAACGAUGAAGGAAGGAGAAGGUGA